UCAACGAGAUUGUGAAGGUGCAGGCGACGUGGGGCGCGUGGGCGGGCAACAGCAACGGCACCACUGCGUGCUCUGCGUGGCCGGGCGUGACAUGCAGUCCUAACGGACUGGUCAUCGCAUUGGAUUCAAAGGCCGUGGCGGUGGAGGGCAGCGCCACCAUACCUGCCUCCAUCACCAACCUCGCCGCUCUGCAGUACCUGGAUCUGACAAACGAGCAGCUGGUGGGGCCCAUCCCAUCCCUCGCAAGUCUCUCCAAGCUCACUCUCCUAGCCAUUGGAGCAGAUGGCAGCCAGCUGACCGGCACCUACGAGGGACUGGUGUGGCUCUCCUCCCUCUCCAACCUGCAAUCGCUGAAUCUUUUUGGCUUGGCGGAGUUCACAGGGAGCUUGUCCUCUCUGCACGUUGUCUCUCACCUCGAGAAUCUUCAAAGCCUGACACUCAAAUCGCUCACCAAUGCCACGGGGGAGAUACCCAGGGAGAUCCGAUACCUCACGGCCCUCACUGCACUUGAUUUGUCAUAUCUUCGGGCCUUGGAGUUCCCUGCUUGGGUGACUCACCUCUCCAUUCUUCAAUAUCUCAACGUGAACGCGGACGAGCCGCGGCGGCAGGGGUUGUUGUCGGAUGACAUCUCACACCUCACAGCGCUCACCAGCCUAUCCCUCUCUGGCAACAACCUGGACGGAUACGUGCCUAAGAGCUUCUCCUCUCUCCUCAACCUGCAAUACCUGGCUUUGAGUUUCAACCAUCUCCAAGGCACCAUUCCUGCCACCCUAUCUGCCCUAACAGCCCUCACUGCAAUAGACCUCUCAUGGAAUUAUCUGUCAGGUUCCAUCCCCCGUGUCUUCACCACCAACAUUCAAAGCAUAGCACUUGGCUACAACGCCUUUAGUGGCCCCAUCCCGCCUCACCUUGCACUACCCCAACUCUCUGCCCUGCAGCUGUCCAGCAAUGAGUUCACAGGCGACAUUCCCAGCACCUUCACCCGCCUCACCGCCAUGAAUAAGCUGGACGCGUUCAACAACAGUCUGAGCGGGGGCUUGGACGUGGUGGCGCAGAUGACAUGGCUCACUGACAUAAGCCUCCACACAAACAACUUCUCCGGAGUGCUACCAGCAGCCCUCUCUGCCAUCAAUGGGCUCACCGCCAUAACCAUCGCCAACAACCACUUCACGGGCGAAUUUCCGCAGCCUCUUCUGCAGACCCACCACCUUGCUGUACUCAAUCUCAAUGACAACAACUUCCAUGGGUCAAUCCCGUCUGGCCUCUUCCACCUCCCCAUGCUUUACUCACUGCAAGUGGCAAACAACUCUCUUUCCGGGAACCUUCCAGUGACGCUUAAAGCCUCCUCUACACUUGCCACGCUUAGCUUUGCAGGAAACGGCUUCACGGGCUCCUUGCCAGACUUCUCACUGUGGAAGGGCAGCUUUGAAAGGCUGGAGCUGAGCCACAACAACUUCACAGGGCCCAUUCCUGACUCCAUCUCCACGCUCUCCACUCUGCAGGCCAUCAUCCUCGACAGCAACCAACUGAUCGGGACCAUUCCAGCUGCCAUCUUCAACAUGACGAACCUACAAUCUCUCUACCUGGCCAACAACCGUCUGAGCGGCAGUCUGCCGUCUGCCAUCAGUCGCUUGGAGAAGCUCCAACAGAUCUGGCUGGACAACAACAGCAUCGAGGGCCCUCUGCCAUCCGCCAUCUGCUCGCUGCCCUGGCUGUGGCGCAUCAUGGUGAGCAACAACCAUCUCUACGGGCCUCUGCCAGACUGCCUCUUCGACAAGUGCAUCAACCAAAUCGACGUGAGCAACAACAGCCUGUACGGGCGCAUCAACCACGACUUCAACAGCAUGGUGGCGGACGGGGAGGCCCUCAUCAACCUCGCACACAACUUCUUCUACGGAGAUGCAGUGCUCUUUGCCGUGGGCUGCCGGGUGUGCCCCGAGGAGAUCACCCAGCGCAACCAGCUGCAGCUGGGCGACAGCAGCGUGAGGCUGGCAGGGAAGUGCAGCGACACUGCCUUCUCUGGCCAGCGCGACUACUCGGUGGUGGGGGCAGGCAAGGGCGCCCGCGGGAGUCUCGCAGGCAACUGUCUGACCCUCAAACGGGACGUCAAGUGCCCGUCCAACGCCACCCAGCGCAGCACGGCAGCCUGCCAGGCGUUCUGCAGCAUCACUGACAACGGCCCGUGUGAUGGCCAUGGGGCGUGUGUGCCGCCUGCGCCGGACGCCCAGGCCAACUUCACAUGCAUGUGCGACGCCGGGUACUCCUCCGUGGACCUGGGCAACGGCUCCACCUGCGCCAUCCUCAGCUCCACCACCACUGCUGGUGUCAUUGUAGGUAUCACUGUGGGGUGCUUUGCCGGAUUCACUCUGCUCACUGCUGUGCUUGCCUGGCUACUGUGGCCCCGUCGACAAAGGAAGUGGGAGGGGCUGGACCUGUGCGAGCAGUUCUCACUGCAGCAGCUCGUGAAGGCCACGGACAACUGGGCGCCUGAGAACUUGCUGGGGCAAGGCGGGUUUGGCACUGUGUACAAGGGGUGCUCGCCGCAGGGGCAGCUGUGGGCAGUGAAGCGCUCCACUGUCAUGACCAACGAGUUUGAGACGGAGGUGCGAGCCAUGGCAUCGCUGCACCAUGUGAAUCUGGUGCGCCUGCUGGGCUUCUGCCAGGACCAGAACGUGGAGACGGGCAAGCAGGAGCAGAUCCUCGUGUACGAGUUCGUGGGCAACCGAGACCUGCACCACCACCUCUACAAGACUAAGAAUCCUCUCUCGCUGCGCCAAAGGUUGCGCCUGGCGCAAGGAGCAGCGGAGGGCCUGGUGUACCUGCAUGGGUUUGCGACGCCCAUCAUCCACCGCGACAUCAAGCCUGCCAACAUCCUCGUUACAGCUGACAUGCAUGCCAAGGUCGCAGAUUUUGGGCUGCUGAAGCAGCUCACUCAUGGCGAUGCUCAUGCCACCAGAGUGGCGGGCACGCCCGGCUAUGUGGAUCCUGACUACAACCGCACCGGCGUCAUCACAACCAAGAGCGAUGUCUUCAGCUUAGGCGUUGUGCUCCUGGAGUUGCUGACUGGAAAGACACCCUCUUACCAUGGAUACUCUAUUAAGAUCUGGGUAUGCCCAUGCUACAUUCAAUCGUGGCACUGCCCCUUGCACCGCCUUUCCUCCUACCAUGCUAUGUGA